CUCAGGACUAUCUAAUGACCUAUGCUAUAGCAGUAGCUAUGAGGUGUCCGAUUUUCAGAAUAAAUUCUUCCGAUCACCCACAAGUUCUCUGAUGGUACUUCUGUUGACUGUACCUGCAAUACAAUCACAGCUGUGGUAGAAGCUCUGAUGUUUCCUAAGUUUCUACUUCGUCCAGGUAUCUUGCGCCCCAGACAGGUUGAAACCCCGGGGCCACCAUCAGGACUAGACCCAAUACCUUGUUUGGAGGAGAGGAGUAACGACACCAAUAAAUUCUUGAUGGGCCAUGUAUCCUGUAUCCGUUGCUCUCAUUGCGCGGCAGAUUUAUGCUUGACGUCGCAGAUAAUCAGCAAAGGCUUCACUGGCCGUCAUGGCCGCGCGCUGCUUGUGUCUGCACGAACCAUUGCCAGUGCGGUUUCUAUUAGUCCAUCUUCCGCAGCAACAGACUGUCUCCCAAAUACCAUCGUGCAGAAACCCGUACCUCGUCGAUUGGUGACCGGUGCGCACAUGGUGAGCGAUCUAAAUUGUGCCCUCUGUGGAACUGUACUCGGCUGGAAAUAUGUUGCCGCAGAGGAGGAAUCGCAACGCUACAAGGUCGGCAAGUUCAUACUAGAGACCGAGAAAAUUACAACGUCGCCGUUCUGGGAGUCUGCACCGAAGGUCAAUCUGGUUCUCGAUUCUGAGACCCCAUGCUCUGAAGAACACCGGGAAAGCUUAUUGGAAGACGGUAUAGAGUUCGACAGCCAGGAUGAGGAUGAAUGCGAAGAUCUCUUCGCGGGAAUCUGGAGUCCUGGUCUAGCUAUGCGCCGCAAAAGUCGCAAAAUGGAACAUUAUCUUUCUAGGUUUAGACACAACCCAUCAUGAUCAAACUUACAAUAUCACCGAUCUGGGAGCACUGUGCAUCAAACCAGUUUCCAUGCCAGACAACUCGCAAGAGCGAGUGUAUCUUGUCAGUCUUCAACUUCGUCCGGAUGUUGCACCUUGCCGUCCAGCUUUUGCAGUUCUACAGGGCGCAGCGUUCGUCAUCAUUGGUUGCGCCGUCCACCC